AUUAAGUAUAUAGGAAAUGUAAUGGCAACGUUUGGUGUUUGUAUAUAAAGUGUUAAUACCAAAGCAUGGAUGCCGAAGAUCAAACACAACAUGAAGUAGUGGAAAGCUCUCAUGAAGCUCUUCCAUCAAGCAACGAUGACACCAGCCAUCCUUCAAUAAGUGAACCUCAACCUACUGUUUCUUCACAAGAUGUGACCAUACCUGCUCCUAACUCCACUCAGGUUAGCCCAGUCUCUCUCCCCCCUGCAACAAAUGAUCAGCAGCGACCUGUGACGAUAAACAACCCAGAAGAUGUUCAUUUUCACCAGCAAACACAAAAUGAACUUCAUCUUCACCAGCAAACACAUAAUUUGCAUUACCACCACCACCACUAUCAUCAGCAAACAGUGCAAAACAUUUCACAGAAUGUAAACAUGCAACAGCAUCCGCAACAACAGAAUUUACAACAACAACAACAACAACAACCAAUCAACCCAAAUGAAGUUGACCAUCCCCCAUCCACAACUGUUAAUGCUCAAGCUUGUGUUGACAAAUUUAAAGUGCAGUCACGAAAAAAUACAGAUGAAGUUCGUGGAGAAGCCCUCUUGCCAGCUGGAGUUUUAGUUCCAGGUCGUAUCACCAAGCCUGUUCCACUCCUAAUAACCCUGGUCCGACAAAUAUUAGAUGAUGAAUGGAAGCUACAUAGAAACCAACGUGAGGACUUGCAACGUAUGUACACACCAGAAGGUUCUAUACAGAUUGAGGAACUGUUUGAUGUCGCAAAACAAGUGGCAAAACAAGAAGCAGAUAAGAAGUGUAAUACACCUGAAGCAAAGGCCAAGCAUGUAUUAAAGUACGGCAACAUUGUUUGUGUAGUUGGACUACCUGGGGUUGGUAAGAGCACUCUUUUAAAGAUGCUGAUCAACUGUAUUGAUGUAGAUAAAUCAGUCAAACCAGAUACACAGUUUUUGUUACAUGUCUCACUGAAGAAUUUUAACCCAAAGAAGAAAGUUUCUCUGUUGGAAUUUCUUUUAUAUGGCAAUUUGAGUGAGUGGAAUCAUUCUGAUGAAGAGAACAAAGCUUUGGUUCAUUUCCUGUACAACAAUCCAAAUGUUGUUAUUUUAAUUGAUGGAUGGGAUGAACUGUAUACAAAACAAGCCAACAAAAAGCUCCAUGCAUGUCAACUAGAUAGCAAGCAAAUCCCAGAGGUCUUUGUCAAGAACUUGUUGAUGGGCAAUCUUCUACCUUAUGCUGCGAAAGUUAUUACAUCAAGACCAGGUCAGUUUUACGAGCUUCACCCUGAUUAUCGACAAGGUUUGGUUUCUGAGGUGCGUGGUAUUGGUAAACCUGCAAAAAAAGAUCUUACUAAACAGAUCUGUGGUGAAGCCGGUCUUGAAAAUGUGGAGAAGCUAUUGGCAGAACGUCCAAACUUGGAUGCUUUGUGUUCAAUUCCAGUCCAUUGUAUUCAGAUUGUGGCUUGUCUCCAUUCAAGCGUGUCAUUGGGUCGGGAGAUCAACUCAAUGACUGAUGUGUUCAUUCAUACCCUUACCAACUACAAAGCUUCAGAUCACGUAAGAACAAAUAUGUCAGAACGGGCAAUUGGACAAGAAUUGGUUAAACUUGCUCACCUUGCAUACAAAGGGCUUGCUGAAAGAAAGCUGGUGUUUCAGCAAUCCGACUUUGAAGAAGUGGGAAUCAACGAACAAACUGUCGAUAUGUUCCUGCACACCUAUGUUGAGAAGUCCCAUCAUUUAAAAAUGAGAAUCUUGGAAGGAAAGAAACGAAGUUUCUUCACCCAUCUCACCUGGCACGAGUUUUUUGCAGCAGUGCAUCUAAUAUUGUUCAUUGCACAAGAAGAAUUCCGAAGAUGUAUGGACACUUUUAAAGAUCCCCAUUGGGUUGUAGUCACCAGAUUUUUAUUUGGUAUUUGUAACUCCACUUCAUAUGAAGACCUGAAAGUGAUUUUCCCAUCUUGGAUGAUUAAAGAUUACAAAGAGAAGAAGAAUAUUCUUAAGUCUUUAAUUACACUUGAAGAUCGAGAUGAUAUAAGUGAAGAUGUGAUCAGAUUGUCAGGUUGGGUGCAUGAAGCCAACGAUUCAGAAAUAUCACAAAAGUUUCAAGAGUGCAUGCCACAGCUUAUUAAGAUGAGGGCUCCCAGUUAUCCCACAGAAGCCUCUGAUGUUGUGUUCGCAUUCAACACCUUCACAACUCCUCACAACCUGAACCUCACUAUGCUUAGUUCAGAUAAUUCUUCAGCUGAAACUUUGCUUCGAGGAUUGCAUGGAAGUCAAACAUAA